CAAAUCUUGACGUUCCCUUAGCGGAGUUGCCUUAUUAAGUAUCCCAUAAUGCACCACGUCGCUGUCAUGGCUGCUCACUGAUGACACUUGCAGCACAUGGGGAGAAAUCAAACACAUCACAGGUUGACGAGGAUGAUGAGGAUGAUAAUGCUGCAGCUCGAGGCGGCGGUUCUGGGCGGACUGAGUCCGGACUGGAAACAGAGCGGCUUCAGCACCGCAGAUGGAGGGCCGUUGCUGCAGUUGGUGUGUGAGGGAGAUUUCGAGGCCGUGCUCUUCAGCUCUGCGGUGCAGGGGCUGCUGGGAGGUGCUCCUGAAGAAGAUGACAGUAUUGAGGCCUAUCUGGAGAGACAGGUGCUGUCUUACCUGAGCAAUGCCACUGAAGACCAGAGGAGCGACCGAGAAACUGCUCUGUUGGCAUUGGCAGUGGGGUGUCUGAACCUUUUCGCUCAGAGUAAUUGGACCGGGCCUCCAGUUGAGCUCCACGUCUCUGAUUUUCUGCCUGAAGCCUUGCUCCAGAAAUUCUCACAGCCUGCAGCCCUGAACAUGGCUGUGUUGUCCAGUCUUCAGCUGGAUGGAGAGUCUGUCUACAGUCUAGUUUCCAACCCCCUCCUGCUGCUGCUGACCAGAGUCAUAUUCGUCAACUGUGGCGCCAAACUGGAGACCCUUCAGCUGCUGCCCUGGUGGACACUGCGAUAUGUCAGUCUACAUCAGCAGAUACUAGAGGAGAGAUCCCCACAGCUCUUCAACCUCGUGCUCAGCUGCAUCGAGAAAGUGUAUAAAUGUGAGGAGCUCUUCACCAACAACACACAUAGGAACCUGGCCAUUCAGUUCCACCUGGAGUGCAGUUAUACCUGCCUGUCCUACUAUGAGUAUCGCAGGGCCAAAGAACACCUGCAAACAGCCCGCGAUCUGUCAGGAAUCGAUGUUAACAUGACAGGUGCUUUAGGAAAGAGAACUCAUUUUCAGGAGAACUUUCUGGCUCAGCUCAUCUUAGAUGUGAAACGGAAGGACAGUUCACCUGUUCCCAAUUCUGAGAGUCCCUCCCUCACACCAACGCCUAAAGAACUCUUACCAAAGGAUCAUCAGUUGAGUGAUGAUACAGUCCUGAACCAGAUUAACCUGGCAGAGCCAUCUGAACAUGAACUUCCGGACCUCAGUGCUGAGGAACAGAACCUUAUACUGGCCACAUGCAUAGACUUUCAGAAGAAUAAUCCAGUUCACAAGCUAAAUGAUGAGGAGCUCCUGGCCUUCACGACGUGUUUGCUGUCUCAGCCAAAGUUCUGGGCAGUGGAAGUGACAUCACUGUGCCUGAGGACUAAGCUGGAGAGAGGAAGCUCACGGAGAGUUGAACGUGCCAUGAUGCAGACACAGACCUUGGUGGAUUUCUUUAUUGAGAAGAACUGUCCCGUCACUGAGAGACUCAAGAUGUUCUACACCUGCCGGGCACCACCUCUUUGGGAUCUACAGAGGCAGUUGGCGAGUCUCUUGACUGAUUUGGGCCUGACGAGUUCUGCGCUGCUAAUCUACGAACGACUGGAACUCUGGGAGGAUGCAGUUGUCUGCCUGGAGAGGAUGGGACAGCACGGCAAGGCGGAGGAGAUCUUGAGGCGUGAGCUGGAGAAAAAGGAGACGCCAUCGCUUUACUGUCUGUUAGGUGACGUGCUGAAAGAUCCUCAGUAUUAUGACCGAGCAUGGGAGCUUUCCAAACACCGCAGUGCACGUGCCCAAAGGUCCAAAGCUCUGCAUCACCUGCGCCACAAAGAAUUCCAACAGUGCGUGGAAUGUUUCGAACGCUCACUGCAAAUCAAUACCAUGCAGUUGGGUGUGUGGUUCUCCCUGGGCUGUGCGUAUUUUGCACUGGAAGGCUACGAAGGGGCUGCCAAAGCUUUUCAGAGAUGCGUCGGACUGGAACCAGAUAAUUCAGAAGCAUGGAACAACCUCUCCACGGCUUACAUCAAACUGAGAAUGAAGGAGAAGGCGUUCCGCACCCUUCAGGAAGCGCUCAAGUGUAAUUAUGAGCGAUGGCAGAUCUGGGAGAAUUUCAUCGCUGUGUGUAUAGACCUGGGUGAGUUCAGUGAGGCUAUCAGAGCCUACCAUCGGCUCAUGGACCUCAAGGACAAAUUCAAGGACGUGGAGGUGUUGGAAAUCCUGGUGCGUUCGGUAGUGGACAAUCUGACAGAUCACCGUGGUGAACAGGCCUCCAAUCUUAAAGCCAAACUGCAGGAACUCUUUGGUCGAGUCUCUGCCCGCUGCAGCACAGACGCCCAAAUAUGGAAGCAGUAUGCUCGUCUCUAUGGCGAUGGCAAUAGCAACAAUGUAGAAGACAACGAAAAGGCACUGCAGUUUCUGAGUAAAGCACAUCGGUGUGAGACGCAGGCAGCUGGCUGGGAGAAAGACAUGGGCAACUUCAGAUCUGUGGUGAAAGGUGCCAGAGAUAUGGCUAAUGUCUCUAUCAGCUGUAGCAGGUCUAAGCGCAAUCCUCAAGAGGCUCUACAGUUACUGUCUUCAGCUCGACUCAGUUUGAAGAGCCUGGUCACCAAAGCCAAACAACUGUACACUGAUGUUGCCACAGGUGAACUCCAUGAUGACAUCAGAGGUGAUGUCACAGAGCUCGAGCAGCUCGUCACAGAGCUGCAGGACCUGAGUGCCCAGCUACGCAGCCAAUGAGAAGCCAUAGCACUAUCAUCUUCCUCCCUUUGAUUGGUUUAAACAGUGCAUUUUUAAAGUUAUGUUUUAAACGAAAAAACUUUCAUCUUGAAAUCCUCAGGACCUCUGUCGCUUGUUCAAUCAACAGGAAAAAACCUAAAAGAAAGACUCAGUGACUGAGUUAAAGAUGUUUGUUGUCCUGACCUGAUCCAGGGUCAGCUGUCUUUGCCCUAAUCGGGGCUCCUGUGAUCACACAAUGUGAUUUUUAAAGUCCCUGAGGCUUGCUAUGUUCAUCAGUGCCUCAUUCCAAUAAAUAAUACACAGCCUCUUUCUUA